AUGGCUCGCCGUCAUCAAAAGGCAGACUACCAGUCAUCUAUCGGGAGCGACGACUCUGAUAAAGCCAGCACUGGAGACAGUCAAUGCAACACUGACCUAACCGAGCCCGAGGAUGAGGCUGAUCCACUUCAGGAUGCCGGCGACGCGGCUCUGCUCUUUGCAGACAAUGAGCAUCUACCGGAGUACUAUGUCCAACAACUAGCGAACUUCGAUGAGACGAUCUACACUGUGGAAGACUAUGGCAAAGGUACCACAGCUCUUCUUCAUCGGGUGGAGGUAAAAUGGUCCCAGUUCUGCGUUUUUCUUCAAAAGGAUCCUCAGGAGGAAUUCCUAUAUCUGUCGAUUCCGAUCUUGUAUACCUUCCUGGACUGGAUUCUCAACCUACGACAUGGAAAAAAUAAAAGAUGGCUUCCAGGCCUCAAGUGCAAGAGCUCGUUAGACAUGUUUUGGAAGGUAUUCCGCCGGGUAUACGAAAGAGAAACUUCCAACAAGAUCACAAAACAGAUGAACCGUCAAAUGCGCCGAGGCGGCCCUUGUCUCAUUGUGAUCGAAUUCACCUUUAAGUUUACUAAAGAGUGGUUGGGUGCGAAGGAUACGAACACGUAUAUUCUUCCUAGAAUUUUCUUCAACCCUUCUCUUAUCCUUAAUCCACACGUCUUCCUCUUGGGCCUCCUUUUCGCAGACCGCGCUUUCGACCAGGUUGAUGGCGAGGAGGUGUUAGUUUCUGCAAACCAGCUCCCUCGACUGCAGAUCCGGGAUAAAUACAACCAACUGCGACUUCACCUCGACCCAGCGCUGGACGAUAUCCCGAUAUUUCAAGUAUCGGAACGGACCCUACAAGGGAUUGGCAUCUCCCCUAUCCAGCCUCUUUCCUACUCGACUCUGGAGCCUUUGCGCUACGGAUCUGGCACGGCAUUAGAUAGCAGCUCUAUUAGCGACUCACUACGGAACAUUAUUAUACAUUACGCCGGCACUCGCACCUUUCUACGCUACUACCUCAGCAGAAGGAUCAAUAAAAAUCUCCCAGCAAUCAUCCGCGGCCUUAACCCAAAAGAUAAUAUUAUGCGUGCCGCUUACCGGAUGAGCCGAACUAUUGAUCCAAAUCGUCCGCAGGAACUGACCACCACACAAUCAUUAUCCGUCAAUCAACAACUGGAAAUUGUUAAGUUGGCUCGCCGGCGCGAUGAGCUUGGUCGACAGAUGGGACGUCCUCUGUCAAAGCACGAAGGAACUAUAUAA